CAUCUCCUACACCAUCCUCCCCCACUUCGAGUUGCUGCAGCUGCUCCAGGUGUCCACCAUCCACCAUGAACGACGCAGACACUGCACCACUAAGCCACCAGCAACAACUCGACCAGGACGCCGCCCACAAGGAGAAGCAGAAGCGUGGGUAUCGCGCAUGCCUUCAUUGCCGCGGGCGCAAAGCCAAGUGCGAUCUGGGAGACAUCGACGCGCCUUCGGAUCCCCCAUGCUCGCGCUGCCGCCGUGAAAAGCGCGAGUGCAUCUUUGCGCCCUCUCGACGUGGCGGCAACAAUGCCAAACGGAGGCGUGAGACGGACGAUGCGGGGCCUGAGAUCGGCGGAAGUGGAGCCCGCUUCGACCAGCAACCCAUGCAGCAGCAGCAGCCCUCAUACCCACCGCCACCACACGUCGAUGUGCUGAAUCCUUCUCCCAAGACGGAUACAUACCUGUUUAAUCAUCCGUCUGCGUCGAGCAACGACCUGUCGCCCGCGACAACCGGGGCCAGCCCGCGAAUGCCCCAGGCGCAUAUCCAGUCCGCAAGUGUCGGCAGCUCUAUUGGAGGUGGCGGCAGUAAAGCUGCGCCGGGUGACACGAAGCGCCGACGCUUGCAUCUCAACCCUCCCCUUCACACGUCAGACCCGAGUAGUAUCGUCGUUGCCGACGUCCAGAACGAGAGUGAUGCGCUCCACAUCCUUGCUCUGGCGAGCGCUCACCGACCGCCGUCAUCUGGAGCCAAAAGCCCAAGGCAUCGACCUCAACGUACCGGGACACUUACGCCGGAGCAGCGCGUGCCUUUAGCUGCUGCUCGCAUCGAAGACUUCGCGCUGGUGCGCCUCGGGAUCGUCGAUGAGAGUCAGGUGUCGCGGUUGACGUCGGCGUUUUUCCUCUACUACCAUCAUCUCUUCCCUAUGGUACCGGCCGACCGAAUACCGAGGACGCCUGAGCGUCUCGCCGAGUUUGCGCGCAGCGAGCGCUAUCUCGUGACCGCCAUGAUCAUCAUUGCGAGCAAACAUGAUCGGACGGAGGGGAUGCGUGAAGUCCAUGAGCGUAGCUGGUCACUUAUGCGGGGGUGGAUUUCAGAAAUUGUCUGUCUGGGCGCACCGCCAACUGUCGGUCUGGUUGAGGCCCUCCUGCUCCUUGCAGAGAACCUACCACGCGACCCACCGGUCGAGGCGCCCGAUCCUGUCCACGCGCAAGGUUUUGGUGAAGAGGUGCACACCUCUGAAAACCGGCAGGCUUGGAUGCUCAUCGGAAUGGCCAUUCGUUGCGCGUACGGGCUUGGUAUUGACAAACUCGCGCUCAAGCUCAUUCCGGAGGUCGACCGCACAUACGACGUGGAGCGGGCCCGAUUAGUCUGGACUUAUUGCUACCUCUUUGACCGCCAUGUCUCGCUACGAUUGGGCAAGGCGUUCUGGUCGCGCGGACCAAAUGUCUGCUUCCAAGGCUUCUCGGCCUCAUCGCAGACGGGGCCGGCUGCCGCGCCGGGCAACUUUCCUUUCUUGCGUGAAAUCACACCGUCGCCUGGCGCGCCAACAGACGCACCAUCACAGGAGGAUUUUGCCUCGCUAGUCCAGACGUACCUGGAGCUCACACAACUGAUGAGCAAUGCGCACGACAUUCUGUACCCCAACGCGGCUCGCACGCGGUCACUCGUGAUCUACGGCGAGUACUUCAAGUAUAUCGAUGAGCUUGCGCGAUCGCUGGACGGCUUCCGCAUUCUCUGGAACGAGAAGAAAUGGAGCUUAUUUCCGCUUAACGACGCGGUGCAAGCCAUGUUCUACUACACACAGCUCUACAUUUGCGCCUUCAGCUUCCAAGCACAUGUUGAGCGUGCCGCCAUGCGCGCGGAAGAGGAGUACAAACUGCACGAGGGUGGGCGUCGGCCGCCACUGUCGCUGUUUCCACGCGGCUCGGCCGCAUCGCCAGACGCGCGCUACAUCAACGUCACGAUCAUGUCGGCUGAGGAACUGCUGCGCAUUUGCAUCGACCGCAUGUACAAGGGUGGUGCCUUACCGUACCUCCCGAACCGCUUCCUGCUGUGGUUCACAUACGCGGCGAUCGUGCUUCUCAAGGCCAUGUACUCUGGGGCAAUGAGCCGUACCGAGCUACCGGAGGCGGCGAAGCUGAUCGACCAGCUGUGCGAGUGCCUCAUCGACGCAUCUCCUGAUGGCGACCACCCUGCUGUGCGCUAUGGACUCCAGCUGAAGUCGCUCAAGAAGAGCAUGGAGGGCCUGGGGACUAGCGCGAGUUCCCCGGCGGGCGGCGGCACGGUACCUCUUCCCCCCGCGGUUGGCGAUCUGGUUCAAGACCAUCGCGACAUUCGCGAACCCAGCCGUGCCGCAAACGUGCGCGACUCUCGCGACGUACCAGAUCUCGAGACCGCUGCUCAGCAAGGUGUCCCAUGGCUCAACGAAGAGCAGUGGUUCCCCACGCAGAGCGCGCCACCUCACAAUCCCAUCAGCUUCACGUACUCGACACCUGUCGGGGUCGGACGGCCUCACGAACAGCCCGUGAGCGAGGUUAUCAAUCUCCAGCCCCGGGGCAGCAUCGGAAUGGGGGUUGAUGAGAACCUCGGCUUCCCAAGCUUCGACUGGCUCGGGCUCGAUCAAGGGAAUGGAGGGGUGGGCGCGGCACCGCAAGCCAAUCCAUUCGACGGGGUGGGGUUCACACCAGACUUCUGGAUGAAAGUCACGCCGGGGGAAGGGCAAGGCGGGUUCCCCUUCCGUUAAGACUGGGGGAACCUGUGGCACCUCGCAAUGGGGCGACGGUAAGGAGGAUCAGGUCAGCGCGCCAGUGGAAGCGGCGCUGGGCAAGCGGCGCUGGGCAGAUGGCCCAGAGGAAGUGAGGUUAAGGUUGGCUGCAUGGGAGUGUCUCUUUUGUACGUGCCGCUAUCAUUGUGCCAAUCGCGUUUGGUUGUACUCAUGCAUCUUGUUGUUUGCCCAAUGACGUG